CAGGUGUCGGAGGAAUGGACUAAAAAAAAAAAGGAAAAAAAAAAAGAAAACAGACACACACACUCAGCUACUCCUGCAGGUUGAGUCUGAAGUGCUGGUUGGUCAUCUCAGCUUGACUAGUUCAGUAAAACAGCUGAGGUUUUUGCUGACAACGGAACACUGAUACGGCAGAUGUGUCUGUUUUUGAUAGAGGGGCGUUUUGUUCAUUUUGCAGUCCAAACCGAACCUGGAAACUGUCGGAUUGGGUUGACCCAUUUCACGCCGUUCCCGGCUUUGUUCCAGUGGGAGCUUCUGAUUCCCCCACCUGACUGCUAAUUCACCUCUUGGCUGAUAACUCAUGACUUUACAUCCCCGUGUCCUGGUGUGUUGGUGAUAUGGGAGAGUGGUGGACAGCAGUGCCAACGGAGACAUCUAUGGGAAGCUAUGAGAUCUCCAGCAUAUCACAUGUGACGAUGUCCCCGUCAAGACAGAACAACCUUAUGUCAAUGUACUCUUCUGCGGGCUUGUCCAAAAGCUCUUACAGUGUGAUAAGUGCCUUUUGCACAGAGGACAAUAUUCCCCAGUGCAUUUCAUACAUCAGUCAGGAGCUUGCCUCACUGGGCCUCUCAUCCACAUGUAUCAAGGCCAGCUCACCCGGGGGAGCUGGCCUGGACACGGUGCCAGCUCUGAAUGCCAUGUAUGAACUACUGCAGAUUCACAGGCGGAAUAUGUGCACUUUAGAGGAACUGGAGAAAGAGCAGCUGAAGAAAUCCAACACAUUGGAACAAAUGCAAAUGAGCAAUUCCAGACUCAAGGAUCAGUUGGAACUGUCCAUAAGGGAGAAGUCAGGUUUACAUGAGACUGAGAGGCAACUACACCUCAAAAUCAAGACUUUGCAGAGCUGUUUGAAAACUGAAAAAGAUGAGGUCCAGAAGCUCCAGAGUAUCAUUGCUAGCCGUGCGUCUCAGUACAGUCAUGAUGCCAAGAGGAAAGAGAGAGAAGCUGCAAAGCUGAAGGAACGCCUCAGCCAGCUACUGGUUGAGAGAAGGGAUAAGAAACUAGCUAUUGAUGUACUGAAUAGCUUGGGGCGGUCCGAUGGAAAAAGGAGCCACUGGAAGACCACAAAAGUCACAGCCAGCCAUGAGGACGAGAUGUACAAAUCGUUGCUCAGUGACUAUGAGGAGAGGCAGAGGGCCUUGAUGUUGGAGAAUACUGAACUUAAGAAAGUCCUCCAGCAGAUGAAGAAGGAGAUGAUACAUAUCCUGAGCCCAUGCCAGCCUUCUACCAGAGGAGCCACUGCUGAGGAUAGUCAGGCUGAUUCAGAUGGGGAGGAGAAGGCUGGUGACUCGAGCAGGGAGAUGCUGGACCAAUCCUGUGAACAUGCUAGGGAGCAGCUCACCAACAGCAUCCGCCAACAGUGGAGAAAACUCAGGAGCCAUGUGGAGAAACUAGACAACCAAGCAUCUCAAGUGCAGAAUGAGAUGGAGUCCAAUAAUGAGGUAAUACCAAAGGAGAUUCAUGAGGAUGAGAUGGAGAAGAUGAGGUGUGAAGUUCAGCAGUGCAAAGAGUUCAUUCACACACAGCAGCUGCUCCUCCAGCAACAGCUCAACACAUCAUUUGACGAUGAGACUGCAGCUCUUCUUAAUGACUGCUACACACUGGAGGAGAAAGAACGUCUAAAGGAGGAAUGGAAGCUCUUUGAGGAACAGAAGAGAAACUUUGAGAGGGAACGAAAGAACUUCACAGAGGCUGCUAUUCGGCUGGGGCGAGAGAAAAAGGCCUUUGAAGAGGACUGUGCUUCUUGGCUGAAGAAUCAGUUUUUAAACAUGACUCCCUUUACAGACCGUAGGAGUUGUUCCUCAUCUGACGGUCAAAGUGCCUUAUCAAUCAGAAGUGAGCCAGAGAUGAGGAUGUCUUCCACAAAGGCUCAGCUGGCCAAAUCAUUGACCUAUGCUACAGUCUCCACUCCUAAACCUACACAAAGUGCUAGUGUUCCAUCCACAGCUGAACUUUACCGGACACUCCGUCUGAUGCCGGACAGCAGUUCAUCCAGACAUUCACAUCGAGGGCGCUGGCAAGAGUCCAGCACCAUUGAAGGUGGAGACACUCGGGUCAAGUCAAAAACCAGAGUUCGAUGUGGAAAUAUCUUCUCUCUGGGUGAAGAUGAGAACAGCCUCACCUAAAGAACCUUCGGUGCCUUUUGACAUUUUGUGUGUCUGUGAGAUUUUGCACUGGACUUAAGCAUCAGUCCAUGGCUGAUGUCUAGCACCACUCCAUUUUUGCAGCAUUAUUGCUUUGUUAUGGAUAUGAACAAAUCAGUUACCAAAGCUGGACAAAAAAGAAA